UCCUGUGCCUUCUGCUGUCUGUAAGGAGAUGGGAUCCUGCGAAGGGGGUGAAUUCAGGACGACAGUUUGCUCUUGGAGAAAGGCGUGAGAGGUUUUGCUAGUCCGAGUUGCAGCUGUCUCAGAAUUGAAAGUCAUCUGCUGCAAUUCUGUAAAAUUAAUACAUAUGCCGACUUCACGCUGUUGCCUUAACAUGGGUAACGUGUGAAGUCUGGAGGACAAAUUUAUUCUUGUAUUUAUGAUUCCCAUUUGUGACCUGCUCUUAAUUUUAACCACUUCUAAAGAUCCUUAAGCUCUUGUAGAAAGUCUUCAGAAUGUGGUUAUUCUCCUAGGCCAGGUGGGUAGUGUUUGAUGUGCAGAUUGUCUGGAUGUUUAGGUUUUUUCUUUAAUUGUUUUUCUAUUUUAAAGUAUAUCAUCUGGUGUACUGCUGACAGCAAAGACAGAAGAAAUUAUAAUGAUGGUUUCAUCUCCAUUUGAACUGCACCUGGUGCAUCUGGAUCUCAAGGGGGCUCCACCCAGAGUCUCAUACCUGGCAGAGAUCUUCCCAUUGCUCCAUGUCCUGGGUGCAAAUGGUAUUCUCCUUGAAUAUGAGGAUAUGUACCCUUAUGAUGGAGAACUGAAGCCACUCCGAGCAAAUGAUGCAUACAGUCCCGCUGAGGUUAAGGAGAUUUUAAAGCUGGCAAAGUCGCAUGAUUUAGAAGUUAUCCCCUUAAUACAGACGUUUGGACAUAUGGAGUUUGUUUUGAAGCACAAAGAAUUCUGUCACCUCCGGGAAGUGGCAAUGUUCCCCAAUACAGUGAACCCCCAUAAAGAGGAUUCCUUGAAAUUGGUUAUUGCAAUGAUAGAACAAGUAAUGGCAUUACAUGACGAUCUUCGAUGGCUUCACAUUGGCUGUGAUGAGGUGUAUUACCUUGGUGAAGGAGAAGAAUCUAAGGAAUGGCUGCAGCAAGAAGAAAAUACUAUUGAAAAGUUGUGCCUAGCCCACAUGAAAGCAGUGGCCAGUCACGUAGUCUCAACCCAUCCCACUGUGAAACCAAUUGUGUGGGAUGAUAUGCUGAGGAGAACGAGCAAAGAAACUCUGAGAGAUUCUGGGUUAGCACAACUGAUAGAGCUGAUGAUUUGGGAUUAUUCUCCUGAUCUUGAUGUGGAGAGUAAAGCCAAUCUCAUUGAAAAGUACCAGAACUGUAACUUCUCAAAAUUCUGGUUUGCUAGUGCCUUUAAAGGAGCCACUGGAGUAAACCAAUGCUUGACACUCAUUGGACAUCAUCUUAAAAACCACGAGCAAUGGCUGAAAGUGGCUAAGAGCUGUCCUGCUGGUAUCAUAAGAGGAAUCACUCUGACUGGCUGGCAAAGGUAUGAUCACUUCUCCGUUUUGUGUGAACUUCUGCCUGUGGGAAUUCCAUCCUUAGCCAUAUGUCUCCAAGCAUUAAAGAAUGGUGGCUAUUCAGAAAAAGUGAGAGAAGAUGUAGAAAAAUUAUUGGGGCUCUCCCAUUUGGAAAUAGACAGCUUCAUGAGUGAUAUCACAGGGACUUUCCCAGGAAAUGAAAUUCUCUCAUUUGUGACUCAAAUUGCGUUUUACCUCAAAUCCUCAGUAGAUGAACUUUUGGAAAAUAACAGAUAUGUUACAGGUUGGUUUAGUCCCUACCACAGAAAAAGAAAGAAGAUCCAUCCCAUAAUGAUUCAUCACUUUCAGCCAGAUGCCGUAAGGCUUCUGACCAAAUGGACUGUUCUAACAGAAGAAUUGCAAACAGCCAUGAAAAAGAUUUUCUACACCACUGCUAUAGAAGAAUGGAUAGAAGAAAAUGUCCAACCAAGCCUUCAGAGACUUCAAGGAACAAUAGAUGAUCUGAACUGUGCAGUACAGGAACUGUCUUAGCAUUUUGAUAUAUGAUUUUGCUAAUUGGAAACUCAACUUUCAGCUAGAAUCAAGCAAAUAAAUAAUAGAUGAAUUUUAAUAAGCUUGGCAUUAUGAUGAAAGUCUGAGGUGAUAAGAGAUAUGAAUCUUCUUGCCAUUAUGCUUCUACAUAUUUGGUGUAAAAGUAUACAACUGUAACAUUUCCAAAUUUAAAAAUCAUGCAGACGCUUUAACUAAAUAUUAUUAAUAUGCUUAAAAUAUUUCCCCUGAAGUGUGAGAAAAGUUAAGUAUAUAUUUUUUUCUCUAAGUACUACAAUGAUUAGGAAUCUUCUAAUUAAACAGUGGUGGGACAUUCAGAAUAUAGCAAACGGACUAUCUUCAUGCAACCAAAAAUUUUAAGGAAUUCAUAAAAAAGAAGUGAGGAUUAGCAUACAGACAACUUAAAAAUGGGCUUGUACAAAUUAACAGAGGGCUUUACACAAGAUUGUAAUGUGUGAGAAAGAGAGAGCGCACAAGAGUAAUUUCUUCCAUAGUCUGUUUAUACAUUGGCAAGUAAUCUUACAUUUGUUACAGUUUCUUGAAGCUGUGCAUUUGAACAUAUAGUGAUUUCAGCUACUAAAACACCAACUGUUCCUCUGCCAGAUAUUUAAUACAGGAAAAAUAUGCAAUUUUGUUAAAGAGACUAUUUACUUUUAACUUCAGAUAGGCACCUUUUCAUUUUAAGUAUUAAGGUUCAUCCAGGCAAGGACUUUAAUUAAAUAGUAUUUUCCAAUAAAUCAAACUGCCUGGCUAAGAUUAGUUUACUACCCAAAUGUUUAUAAAUAAAUGUUGAACUUAAGACUUUUUUUAAAACUAUAUAAAAGAAGAGUGCCUGUCUUAUCCUAGUCAGAGAUACCAAUCACAUUUCCAGGAAGUUGUCAGAUUGCUUCCAACAUAAUAUCUUAAUAUUGACCCCAAAAAACCACCUGUAAGUAGAAAAAAUAGGGACCACCUUUGAUGGGAAGGUAACAGGUUCCAUGCGCCUUUGGUGUUGAGUCAUGCUGGCCACAUGACCACGGAGACGUCUUCUGACAGCGCUGGCUCUUCGGCUUUGAAACGGAGAUGAGCACCGCCCCCUAGAGUCAGCAACGACUAGCACGUAUGUGUGAGGGGAACCUUUACCUUUACCUUUACCCAUCUGUAAUGAAUUCUGAGAUGAGCAAUGAGCUUUAGAUUCCAUGUACCAGAACAAGUGACAGCCUCAUGCCUAAAUUUCCUUAUGCAGCUCAGGUUCCCUAACCAUCUCAGAGACACAAGUCUGUUAAAUUCAAUUUGAUAUAGAAUCAUUUCUUAUUUUAAUGUUCUAAUUAUCUCAUUUAGAUGGAUAUUUCUUCUACUGUAUCAGUUUCAGUGAAUUGU